GGGAGAGAGAACCGGGCGGGUUUUAGAGCCGCCAUUUUCCUUUGUCUUACGCUUCACACGCUGCUUCGUCUUGCUUCUGUGCUUCUUCCGAAUUGGGGGGUUAUUCGAGUGUUCCUAUAGUGUUCGUUGUUGCCGUUCGUGGGAAGAGAGCCAUGGCGAGUGAUGGGGAGGUAGCCGGGGCCUCCGGCGACAGCGAGGGAAAUUAUGAGUUCAAACAUAUUGAUCUCGGUGGGAUUAGUGGUGCUGAUCAUAAUACUGUUGACAAAAAGGAAAUCGUAUCACAGAAAUCGGAUGGUGGUGAUGACAGUGCUCUCGCUGACGAGAGUAUGAGUGAUGAUGGAGGGGGCGGGGUCACUGGUGGUGAGCAAGACGAUGGGGUUGAUAUUGCUCAUGACAGUCCUCACGAGGACGGCACAGGGAAAAAGAAAAUUCUGUCCCGUGAACGGAACGAGUGGGCGCAGGAUGUGUCGAAGAGGAAACGGAAUUCCGGGGAGGAAUACAUCAGUGUCAAAUCGAAAAAAGUGAUGCCGGCGAGAGAACUAGGCCCACCCUGCAGAGAUGGGUGCUUCGGGAAGAUCGGCUACGAGAACGUGCAGACAAUUUUCGAGAAUUUUUGGAAGCUGGGUGACUACAACAGUCAGAACGACUACCUGCAGGCGCUCAUCCAAGACGCCCCCGUGAAGAGGAAGAAACACGCGGCAGCGAGCACCCGCAAGAACCAUAUCUACACGAUCCAGCACGGCAAGACCUUCAUCGUGUGCCGGGAAGCGUUCAAAUCCAUCCAUGGCAUCAAGGAGAGGAAAUUGCUCGUGGUCCUGGAGAAGAGGCACGCCUCUGACACUGGCACCACCCCAGGGGACCGCCGAGGGAAAAAACCCAACGUGAGGGCCAUCAAGGGCGCCAGACUGAAUCACGUGCACGAGCACAUCCAGUCUCUCCCGGCGACGUCCAUCCGAUGUGAUCGCUGCGGAAGUUCCCAAAAGAAGCACCUGGAGGCGGGGGGCAGCAUCAAGGGCAUUCAUGGGCAAUAUUGCACCUGGAUGGACGAAAACUAUCGAGAUGAACCGAAGGUCUCGGAGAGGUUCUACAGAACGGUCUUCACGAGAGAUUACGACAUGGCUUUCGAGGCCCCAAGGCAGUUCAUCUGCGACAUCUGCAACGAACUUUCAACAAAUGACGCCAACGCCCAAGGGGAGGCGACAGAGGAAGAUGAGAGCCUAGGGCAGGAGCACAUUCGCGAGGGCAAGACUUCUCAGACCCUACUGAGGAGCUCGAAGGACGCGCCGCCUGACGACGGGCUAAAGACGGCUGCAAUCGAUCAGGCUUACGCCGACGAACUCGCUCUGGGCAAUGGGACAGAAAACAGUAGUACUUCGGCUGCUCAUUACGAGCGACUUCAGCGAAGGGAGAGGCAGGAUAAAAAUCAGGGCGCCUCAUUGGCUAACCACUCCUCGACAGAAUCAUCCUCCUUAAUGAGUUCCCCUGGGCCUCCUACAGUCGGUACUAUGAAGGCUAUGGAACCACCAGCAGCACCAAUGAUUAGUGUUCCAGAAGGGGUUUUAAAAGAGUUUAUAAGUAACUCUCCUUCUCCUCCAACAGCAGCUUUAGUCAGCAAUGAAACAAGUGUAGAUUCACCAAAAGUGGCUUCACAGACACGUACUCCAUCUCCAGAUCUACCUAAUGCCAGGAAUGAUUCGGCUCUUCCUACAGACACUCCAAACCAUGUUGUAAAUGGUGUGCAAAAAGAAAGUGAAAGCACUAACGAUGAUGUUGAAAAUUGUAAUGUGAACAGUGAUGGUAGUGAUACUACAUUAUCACAAAAGGAUUCAGAGUUAACCACAUUAAAUACAGACUCUGAAAAACGGUUAAAUGGAACAGUCACACCGUCCCUAAAAAGACCAAGUGAAGAGUGUUCUUAUCAGGAUUUGAAGAAAGUUCGGGUAUUUUCAGAAGAAAAGAACAAGAGCAUAGAAUCCUCAGUCCAGGAGUUCAAUAAGCAUCUGGAUCAGGAAUCAAAGAAAUUAGAUGAAGAUGAAAUAAUGUGUUUAAGUAGUGUACCAAAGACUGAAGAAAAGAAGGUAAAUCUUGUGACUGAGCCAGUGUCAAACUUUGAUAGCCUUUUACCAAAAUUCGAAGCUAAAAGUGAGUCCAUCAAAAAAAAUGAUUUGGAAGUUUUAACUCCAAAGGUAGAUGAUGCGUUAUGGCAAGAUAAAUCAAAGGUUGUUGGUAGAUUACGGAAACUUUCUAGAAAGGAACUUGAGAAAAUUAUUUUGCGGCUCUUUUGCGAAAAAACUCUUUACCAGUGUGAACUUGGUCGACAGAAGAUUCUAUGUGAAAAAUUGGAAACGACCUUGGAAGCCAGUCGCAAAAAGACUGCUCAAUUUCACAAAGAGGUAGAAGAUUUGAAAAAGGUGACUAACAGAUUAUCUGCAGAACAAGCAGCAAGGAAGGGACAGUUUGUUGCACCCAUCAGAAUAAAGAGAUCAGUAGGCAUUCAGGCAGCUCCCCAUAUUAUUAAUAAAGGUCUCCAGCAUGCUCAGAGUAACUCUAUCAAAACAAUAUCGCCAAGAGCUGUUUCUGGUAAGGGUUCACCAGGGACAGGUGUUCAAGGAAGAAUUCCAAGUAACCAGACCAGUGCUACAUUCCAGUCAAAGAUAACUCCUAACCAUAGUCCAAAUAAGGCUGCUAGUGGAGUUGUAGGUGGUAUGAUAUUGUCUGCCUCACAGCCUGGUGGACGUCCACAAACAGUUGGUGGUGCUACUUUGAGUCAUACAUCCAUUCCCAUGGGACCCGUUUCACAGCAGGCAGGCCCCAUUGGUGCUGUUCGGCCUGCUGGACAGAUGCUGAUGAUGACACAGCCAAGCCCGGGUAUGAUGCAAACGAUACCAAGACCAGCAGUUGCAGGUCAGCAGGGUAUUCUAACAGGUCAGCCAACAUUACCUGCUCCUGGAACACUAGUAAAAGUUCCAGUUACUGGCUCUACUCAAUUGGUUGCCAUUCCACAAACUGCUGGGGUUGUCCUCCUUCCAAAUGCUUCUACUGGUACAGCUCUUGUGGUUAGCCAAGUGUCGGGGGUGCAAAGUGUCAACAGCGUUGGUAAUCCUGUUGUAGCUCAGGCUCGAAUUGGGUCCCUAAGUACACCACGUGUUACAGGAACAUCUUUCAGACCUGUCUCUGCCACAACAACCACUGGUUCUUCAGGAGGAUCCCAGUCGAAUCGUCAUCCUGCACCACUUCCAAGAACGCUGGCUCAGCAAGUUGCUGGGCUGACAAAAAAAUUACCUCCACAGCCUACAUUAAAACUUUCUCAUAAAGAAAACAGUAUUGUCUUGUCUUGGACAAUGUUAAGAAAUGAAGACCAUGAAACUAUUGCUAGUUACCAGCUGUAUGCUUAUCAGGAAGGAAAUUCUCCUCCCAAUCCUAGUUUAUGGAAAAAAGUUGGAAGUGUGAAGGCCUUAGAAUUGCCAAUGGCUUGCACUUUAACUCAGUUCAUGCCAGGACAUGUCUACCACUUUGCAGUACGUGCUGUUGAUAUCAGGAGCCGCCUUGGACCAUUCUCUGAACCCAGAAGCAUUAGAUUGGAGAAAAAAUAAACUACCAGAUAUACAUUCAUGUUUAUAACAUUUCAUCCCAUUGACACUUCCCUACAAGGGAUUUUGCCAUUAUAAAGUAUAGAAACAGAUUUCAUGUCAAGAAUUUCAGUCUACCUAAGUCAUGAUCAUUGUAUCUAUUUUCUGUGUUAUAAGUACUUUAUUUUAGCUGGAAUUCAUCAAACCGAAGAAAAUUGAUUCUUCAAAAUGCACUCUUGAGAUGCAAGUCCAUUUUCAUAAGAUUGUCAUCAGACAUUUAACUGUACAAAUGUAUAUAUGAAUAUGUAAUUUAACUUAAGGUCUUAAUUUAUUUGACCUUAUAUUUAUCAGAUUCUUAGUUCUUUUUUUUAUUACAUCUUGUAUGUGUGAAAGAUAAAAGUGUGUGUGUAUGUGUGUGUGCAUGCUUUUGGAGGAUGAAGCUUUAAGAAAUUAAAUGUUAUAGUCUGA